AGCACAACAUCUACAGACCCAGCGAGGGAGAGAGGAAAGAGAGGGAGGGAGGACGGGAGAAGAGGGGAGAGGGGGAGACGUGUCCGUCUGCGUAGGUCCAGUUGUGGGGAGGUGGCGCACAUGGAAACGAGCGACGAACACGCAAGGGUGCUCCCGGGUUGUCAAGUGGUAGAGGUGCACCUUCUGCUGUGAGCAGUGGGGUCGAUGAGCGGCCCGCUAGAGGGACCAUGCAUCCCUUCGGUUGCGAGGCUGAGACUUCCCUGCGGGAUCUGUUCGGAUACUUCAGACGGUGUCUGCAGCAUGGAGAGUGGGAGCUGGCAAGUGCCUGCGUGCCGCAGCUGGCCAGCUCAACCGGGGCACUCUCGGAGAGUUUACGGGACAUAGUCAAAGCCAUCGUCUCCCAACCUUACAUACUACGAUGGGAGUCUGUAGGCAGUCCGCACAAACUGGCUUGGCUUUGGGUUCAAGUCUUGGAGAAGUGGACAGAAGAGAAGGUUUCUCCAACAUUAAGGAGAGAGCUGGAGUUCCUGCUGCUCCUGGAGGAGCUCGGAGAAGAGGGUGUAUCACAAAGUGUUCUCAAGGAGCUACACCAGACCUUCUUAGACACCCAGUCUGGACAAACAGUCUCAGCAGUAUCCGAGUCAGCAGGUGCUGUUGUUGAGUCUUGUCUGUGGACCUUGUUGGAGAAGAAGAAGUCCAAGCUGGCCCAGGCUCUCGCUCAUUUCUUACAGGACGACUCAGCUGGACGAAGUGCAUGGGGCCGUGUUCUACAACACACGUUCAUCCGAUACCUGAUGGAGAAACUUCGGAGGCCGGAGAGGAAGCCCGAGUUGGUGGAGGUGUGGGUGGAGGAGAUCUAUACCGUGUUGGCUGUGAUGCCAUGGAGCACUGAGCGGAGCGAAGGGGGUCAGUUGGACGCGUUGUGUGAGGCACUGUGGGCGGCCAGAGAUGGCCCCCUUAAGGAGGAGAGGGUGCUGAGCUCGCUGCUUCGCCCCCAGUGUCACAGCCUGGUCUCUGCAUACAGCUCCACAGCACUGCGGCUUUGGAGAGACAGUCUGCUGAGGAGCGCGCCUGACACACAAGUAGACCUCCCUGAAGCACAAAAGCUGGUCCUCAGCUUGUGUCGUCACAGUGAUCGUCCAUCCAUUUGGAAGACUAUCUACUUCGAGUGCCUUAGCAGUGGAAAACACUUCCUUGAGCAAGUGUUGGUAACUGGACUGGACUUAAUAAAGCGUGAGGAGUUCUCUUUGUUGAAAGACCUGAUGAAUUCAGAGUUCCGGCCGCUGUCUCGUCUCUUGUUGCUGCUGGGCUGGACUCAGUGUCGCAGCCUGGGCUCAGCUCAAACCCUGCUGCGCAUCCUCCACCAUGAGCAGGCACCAGCCAAUGACUCCAUCCUGCAGGACUUUGCCAAUCUUCUGUGCUCUCAGCUUGGGGUGCUUGAGUGGUGUAAAAGCAACCAUCAACAGAUCUCCACAGAGGCAUUGGUGGCACAGCUUCACACUCUAGACAAUCACUCUGCACUCUAUAUCCUCCAUUCCCUGACCCCUCUGGCCCGGUUUGAAGAACGCAGGGUGCUAGCUCUGCUGCAGCAUCUGCCAAAUCCCCGGGGGACAGAUGACAUGGAUGUCAUUAGCACCCCCAGCCUGGCUGGACAGAGGAACGUGGUACUGUUCCAGGGGUUCUGUGCCAUGAAGUAUGCCCUCUAUGCCCUCUGUGUAAACGCACACAAAUACUCCAGCUGCACCGAGUGUGAUGCCAUGCAACCGCAGCAGCACCGCCAAUCCUCCGAGACAGCAGAGGACCAAAGCCAUACCUCCGCCUCCUCAGAAAGUUGCCAUCCGCUGUUCCAGCACUACUUGUCUGAGUGCCAGCUGUACCUGGAGGCCGUGCCCGCCAUGUUCCGCCUGGAGCUGCUGGAGAACAUCUUCUCCCUCCUCUUCCUGUCUAAUGCUGACCUCACCCAGCCAAGCCACAAGGAGACCACAAACAUGACUCCAAACACAGGGAAAUCCAUGCACACAGAUGGCCUGUCUGGACUGAGGACCAGGGCGACGGAAUCCGGAAAUAAGGCCGAGACAGAUGGAACGGAGGAGGGCAGAAGUGAAGACCCUGCGGUGUCUUCAGCAGCGGCCCAGCGUAGUCACAUGCACCUGGGCCAUUUCACCCAGGGCUGUAAGGGGUUCUUGGUGGACGUGACGGCCAUGGAGGGGUUCCUGAAGCUGCUGAAAGAGGGGCUGGAGGGGGUGUGCGUGGUGGGGCACACGGAGGGGCAGGAGGGUGGACGGGCUCUUGCCGGAGAGGCGGAGAUGGCGGAGAUCUUGGGCUGUUCGGUGACGGCAGAGACGUUCGGAGCUCGUCUGCAGAGGCUGUCCAAACGCACUGCCGAAGCCCAGUGGCGGCUGCAGAUCAUCACCAGCAAUCAGGGCGGGGGAACUGGUUCAGAGGGGCCUUUCCAGACUGCGGCAGCCAGCCGUGCUGCUCCUCCUCUGGGGAGGAGGGGCAGUGCUAGCCUGAGGAGGAGGAGGAAGAGGGCUGGGAGACAUGCUCAUGAGAGGCAGACCUCCAUAGAGAAGCACAACGGCGAGGUUAGCACCAGCACAUCAGACGGUGGCGGCGGGGCAGCAGCAGGGCGUGUAGAGCAGGAGGCGUUUGCCUGCGGGGGCCCUCACAGCUGGCUGGUCCCUGCCAUGCUGUCCCCUCCAGAGUCCCUGCUGAUGUCUUGCAUUCGACAGGGAAACUUCAUGGAGGCUCAUCAGGUGUCCCUGGUGUUCGGUCUGGAGGCCUCGGUAUGCUGUGGGGAGCUGGCGUUUAUGGAGCGCUACCGCGAUCUGCUGGUGGAGCUGGGACAGGUGGAGCAGAAGAUGGAGACCCAGUCUGUGUCUUCAUCCUCAUCUUCCUCAGAGGGUCUUGGCUCGGCAGCCGGCCCCUGCCCCGGGAGGAGCCGGCUGGGGAGCAGUGGGCGAUCCACCCUGCAAGCUAUCGGCAGUGCAGCUGCCGCAGGUAUGGCGUUUUACUCCAUCUCGGACAUAGCCGACAGGCUCCUCAGCACCCAGAGCCACCCCGUGCCCUCGCUGGAGGAGGGGUAUUGGCUGAGCCGCUGCAACCCAGACCCCUCUGGUCUCCUUUACACGCUGCUGGAGGAGCUCAGCCCCGCGGCCAUGGCUGCCUUUGACCUGGCCUGCUGUCACUGCCAGCUGUGGAAGACCUCCCGACAGCUGCUGGACACAGCCGAGCGCAGGCUGAGCGGCAGCCUGGAGGCGAGAGGACUGAAGGUUGACCCCAAAGUGCCACAUGCCGAGGACAUCUGCGGGUUUCCUAUGGUGCUGCAGCAUAUCAGCAAGAUCCUAAACCAUUCAGCUAGUAAGAAGGGCUCUGUCAAGACAGAAGGUGCGGGGGAGGACCACGUGGUGUCCAGUCCAUUCGGCUGCUGUAUUCAGGAGGUGCUGCAGUGCUGUCAUCCAACGCUGAGCGAGGAGAGCCUUGCCGCAUGCCUCAGCCUGACCCAGUGCCUGGAGCACGUUCUGCACACGCUCAGUACCGCCACGCAGAGCACAGAGGGCUGCACGGGCAGUGUUCUGCUGGCAGCGUUGGUGGAGCAGGCCGGUCUGAAGCAGUCCGAGUUGGACUCCCACCCUGUGCGCUCCAGCAUAAACAAGCUGCUCUGCUCGCUGGACCAGCUCUGUCCCUUUGAGCCGGAUGGAGGCCUCGCCAGGCCAGAUUACAUGCGCAGCUUCCUCGACUACGUCAACACGCUGGCGUCUGUGCUUGUGCGCAGUCUCAGUGCAGAAGACCAAAGCGGUGAAGUGAAGCUGGGGAAUCCUUUGCUGGUUCUACUUCAGGCCCCGUCACAGCUUCUCUUCCACCUGCUGUUUGACAGACAGGUAUCUCCCGACAGGAUCCUGUCUCUGCUGCAGCAGGAGGGUCUGAGACUGAGCGUGCAGCAGGUGGUGGUCCAACGGUGCUGUGAAACUCUGCCUGUGUGGGUCUCCUGUCCCGGCAGUCCUGAGAGAGAGGCUUGGAAGGGGAAAGAAGGGGAGGGGCCAUUUGGCGUGGCCAGCUUGACCGCCCUGCUCCAACACCAUGCCCAGGAGCACAUGCAAACACUAGGGGAGGUUACAGAACCUCAGUCUGACCCCUGCUGGGAAUCGGAGUCUACGCUGGAAGAGAGCUCUGUCACAUCCGCUAACCUCUCCGGCUCGCUGCCUUACCUCUCAUCCUCUUCCUCCACCACCUCAAACUCUUUCCCUCUCACGGCUUCAGCCUUGUCUUUCCUAAAGUCUCGCUCUGCUUUGCUAGCUGUCCUGGCAUGUCUUAGUGCCUGCAAAGGAGAGUCUGCGCGGACACAGCAGUCGGGCUGGUCAGGAUAUUUCCGCAGCGGGAGGAAAGAAGCGGUCCUUGACAUGGAGCAAAUCUCCCGCGAAGGAGAUGUCCUCCUGAAGUCAUUUCCUAUCCUCAGGGCCUACCUCCAGACCAUGUCUGAGCCACUGCUGGUUACCCCGCUGGGCACUGGUGAGGAGGGCUCUGAGGGACUGGGGACAGCUCUCUGUGGGAAACCCCUGGUCAGUCUGCUGUUGUCGGGGCCUCAGGGAGACGUUGCUCAAGCUGUGGCUGCCGAGGCCUUCCAACAGGCUCUGGCCACCGGGGACCUGGGCCGAGCCCUGAGCCUGCUGGAGCUCUAUGGGCAGGGCUGCAGCCAGGAGAGGGCGUUAAGAGACCGUCUGUUGGCUUGUGCUGCUCUGGAAGGUGGAGAUGAGGGCAUAGGGCAGUUGUUUAGGGUGCAGGACGCGACCCUGCGAGCUCGUGUCACACUUCAGGCGCUGGAGCACUGGCCUCUGUCCGCCUGUCUGGAACUGCUCGAGUUCUGCCUCAACGAUCCCGACACGGAGGCCUCGAUGAAGACGGACCUGGAGCUCCAGAAGAAAGAACUGGAUAUCUAUCGCUGGAUGUUGAACUUGCAGCCUCCUUUGCCUUGGGCUACAUGGCAGGCGCUGAGGACCGAGUCUCAGAGGAGCCCCGAGUCUCUCUUCUCCAUGAUGUUGGAGGCAAGGGAGUUUGCCCUGUGCGCACAGUGGGUGAAGCUGUACCCUGUGUCUGACCAGCUGAGGUUGCAGCUUCAGACAGAACACCUGCUUCAUCUGCUGGACAAGGGACAGACAGAGGAGGCUCUGCAGCUGCUUGAGGGCCUUUCAGAUUUCUCUGUGGGCCUAGAGGUUUGCGAGCGCGCUCUGGAUCGGCGGCCUGGAUUGGCCGCCUGUCACUUCCUGGCUGAUUACCUCACGCUGCACUUCCAGAGCCAGGUCUCCCCAGCCCGGAGACGCCACAUUCACGCUCUUCAUCUGGGCUCCAAGGUGCUGCUGACUCUGCCCCCGGUGGCCAGGCAGGACUAUUUCGCCCUGCUGUCGGAGCCCCUGCUCAUGCUUGAGCAGCUGCUGAUGAACUUGAAGGUGGACUGGACUGACGUGGCGGUGCGGACCCUGCAGAGCCUGCUGGUGGGUCAGGAGGCCGGCUUUGGCUUGGAAGAUGUGGAUAAACUUCUGUCAGCCUACGCCUGCAAGGCCCUCGACUUCCCCUACGCGCCCCGAGAGAAGUCUCGAUCUGACUCAGUGAUCAGCCUACAAGAAGCACUGUUGCAUUGCCCUGCUCAGGAAAGCAGCUCCUCAUCCCCGAGCCUGGUUGAGUCUCCUCCGUCCUCUGCAGGCAGCACACCGUCGCACACCCACUCCUCGACCAGCACGGAGAGGGAGCGGGACCGGGGGUCCAUGGGCAGAAGAGGCCGCCUGCCCGGUCAGUUCCAGCCUCCGGAGAACCCCCCUGCUCGCAAGGACUGGAUCCCUGACGGCCAGCAGGAUGUCUGCAUGGUGUGCCGCCGCGAGAGAUUCACCAUGUUCAACAGAAGGCACCACUGUCGGCAGUGCGGCCGCCUGGUGUGUCACGCCUGCUCCGAGCGGAGGAUGCUGGUGGAGGGCUGCCCCGGGGACCAAGUCCGAGUGUGUGAUCAGUGUUACGCCUUCUUCCAUCCAGAUUCUGACGAGGAGCUGGAGCAAGCCGAAGUCGGGAGCCCUGGGGCGGCAGAGGGAGCCCCGGAUGGACUGCUGCAUCUGCCCGAGGUCGUUCAGAGACAGAUCCACCUCAGCACAAAUCCUGCAGAAAACCAGCUGUCGCGGAGCGAGUUCUACUACGAGCAGGCUCCCAGUGCGUACCUGUGUGCCUCCAUCUUGUCCCUGCACAGUGACCAAGCUACCUGCGGCCACCAGCUCAUCGGCCACUGCCGCUCCUUGUCUCGUAAGCUGACCAACCCGGAGGUGGAUGCCUGCCUCCUCACCGAUGUCAUGCGGCAGCUGCUGUUCAGCGCCAAGCUGAUGUUUGUCAAGGUCGGCCGCAGCCUGGACCUGGCCUUGUGCGACAGCUACAUCAGUAAGGUGGACGUCCUUAAGAUUCUCGUGACCGCCAAUUACAAAGACAUCCCCUCUCUGGACGACAUCCUGGAGACGGCUGCCGUCACACGGCUCCGCAACCAGCUGCUGGAGACAGAGUACUACCAGCUGGCAGUGGAGGUGUCUACGAAGAGUGGUCUGGACCCGGGCGGGGUGUGGCACGCGUGGGGCAUGUCCUCCCUCAAGGCGGGCAACCUCUCGGCGGCCCGGGAGAAGUUCAGCCGCUGUCUGAAGGCCCCAGUGGACCGGAACCAGCUCAGCCUGGGUCCCUGUCCGCUACAGGAGAUCGUCCAGCACCUGGAGUCGAUGGUGCGACCCACGCUGACCAUGUCCUCUUUUGGCGAGGACAUCCUGUCGUCGCUACGGGAACUGGAGGAGGCCCUCGGCGAGCCUGGCCCGACAGACCGCCCCGAGGGCCAGGCCCAGAUCAGCAGCCUCCAGCAGGAGUGUCUCCACUACCUGAACGCCUACGGAACACAUCUGGCCCUGGUCAGCUUCUACAUGCGCCACCACCGCAUGAUGGAGGCACUGGCGCACCUGCUGAGCAAGGACUGUCCGGAGGAAGUCUUCCUGGAUGGGGUGUUGCAGCCCAGUCUUGAGCGAGGCCGUCUAGGCUCGCUGCAGGGGAUGCUGGAGACCUUGGACCCGGGCCUAGAGUCCUGCAGCCGCUACCUGAUCGCCGCCUGCCAGCUGCUGCAGCGCCGCAGCCACUAUCACACCCUGUACCAGCUCCAGCAGUUCAUGAUGGAUCACGUGAGGGCGGCCAUGACUUGCAUUCGCUUCUUCACCCAUGGGGCCCAGUCGUACUUGCAGUUUGGAGAGCAGCAGCGUUGGUUGGUCAGAGCCAAGGAGCACCUGAGGACGUACUUACAGGAGCAGCAGGGCCGGGGCGCGGGGAGGAGGAAGUCUCCUGUCAACUCCUUUAGGAAGAUGAUGUCAUCGAGUGACGUGUCCAGGCACAUGAACACAAUUGAACUUCAGCUGGAGGUGACCAAGUUCCUUCACCGCUGUGAGGCCUCUUCCAAGGCUGUGCACACAAGUGUUCCUUCCUCCAAGACCCCAGGCCUCAGUUCACCACCCACGCUGUUUGGGGGCAGCCCCAUGAAGGUGGAGGUCGCCUGCAAGGUGAUGCUGGGAGGGAAGAACAUUGAAGAGGGCUUUGGCAUUGCCUACAGAGUCAUACAGGACUUCCAGCUGGAGGCCCAGGCCGUGUACGUGCGUGCGGGUCAGAGGCUGGUGCGGCAGAGGCAGUAUGCGGCGGUCCGUCAGCUGCUGAAGUGCGUGGCUGAGUCGGGGACCGCCACCAAGAACGACUGUGAUGCCAUCAUCCUCAGCUGCGUCUCCAUGGCGGACAAAUGUCCCGCAGAUGCCAAGGAGCUGGAAAGUCUCAUUCUGGAUACCAAGAGUACAGAGAACAAGAUCAAGGCCUACCUGCUUUGUGGUAAGAUGAGACCAGCAUAUCUCCUGGCGGUGAAACAGGAGCCGGGUCGGGCCGGUCCACUAGUCCAGGAGGUUCUCCAGGCCGCCGAGGGAGCAGAGGACUCCGUGAUGCAGAACAUCUGCCGCCAGUGGCUCUCCGAGCACCUCAGUAGAAUGCCCCAGCAGCGCCACGGUCGACCCAACCCUCGGCAAUGAGGACCUCCGCCAGGUAUCGCAUGAGCAGCCCUUGAAACCGAAACACAGAGCCUCAAAAGUCACAAUCCAAGGUUUCUUCGCACAUCUGGAAGUCUGUCUGAGCUCCACGGGGAACUUGACGAUUUACACGUCUUGAAAAGUCCUGACACUUGAAAAAACAAGGUCUGUACUGGGUUGGAAACCGAUUUUUCAGUCACGAUAUGCAGAUGACUCAGUGGUUUAUGGUCAGGUAUCCACUGUUGUCCUGCAUGUUGGGGUAUUUGUUGUUGUGAAGAAUUACCUUCUGCAGUAGAGCGCCAUGGCCCACCCGAUGGUCGUACCGCCGCUGUCAGCAGCAUCACUCUCAACACAGACCUACAUGUGAUCAAGAAAUUAGGUUGUGGGGUGGUGUGGAUUUUGACGAUAAUAAAUCCCUUAGGAACCCUGUAAAGCGACCUUGAGAGCUUUUUGCCCCCUUGCCCCCCACACACCCUUUUUUGUUGUUGUAAAGGAAUCACCACUGUGCUUUAUCUGCAUUCUGGAAGUAAUCUGUCAGUAAUUCUGGAAGUAAUCUGUCAGUAAUUCUGGAAGUAAUCUGUCAGUAAUUCUGGAAGUAAUCUGUCAGUAAUUCUCAUCUGCAAGAAAUGUUUUGCACUGUUACAGACUGGAACGGCAGCCAUUAUAUGUAACAAAACUGCAGCGUGUACAUGGACAGUUUUUACAUCCACCUAUUUCCAGGCAUAUCUCUCUGACCCAGUACUCGUCUCUGAGUUAUCUUCUACCUCAGCCAAAAAGGGAAGACGUCUUUUCUCUUAAAGAAAAGCUUCUAUUUUGAUUCUACAAGUUUGCAAUGUAAUUGCCCCCCCCCCAUUCUGUUAUCCCUCCAUUAUUUUUUCUUACUCGGAUGAAGUAUUGAGCCUUGAUCGUGAGCUGUCACGUGACAGGAAGUUGAUGCUGCAUGUUCACUCUUUUAGGGCACUGGGUAAAUAAUGUCCGUGCUUUGGUCUGGACACCAUUGUUGGCUUGUUUUCCUGACUGUUUCACCUUCCGCUUGGCUGUGGAUCUCUGGGUCAUCUUGUCAGCUUGCGCUGUCUUUUUUCGUGGUACUGAAAGGGCAUUAAGGAUGGCAGGAGGAGCCUUCCGCAGGAUUAAAGAAAAUGAACAAUUCGGAUGCAGAAAGGGACGUAGGUGAGGACCACAUCAGGCCCGCCUAAGAUAUUCUUUGAUUUAGAAUCAUCUCAGAAGUGCCGUCUCCAGUCGGUGCCGUGGUCUGUCGUCACCUUCAGGAGGUGGAUGAGAUGUUGUUGUUCACCGCCGUCAUCAAAAUAGAGCCUUCAUAGACGCUCCAGUAAUAUUUGAAAAAAAAUUACUUCUAAUAAUUACUUGUGGCUGUCAUUAAUUUGAGAUAGUUUCCACCCCUUUGUCCUCAUAGAUGUGACUCCUCUUCAUCAGGCCUAAACUAAGUGUGUGUGUGUGUGUGUGUGUGUGAGUGAAUAUGGUAAGGUGGACACACACACACACACACACACAAUCAAGGAAUGUCUCAGAAAAGGGAUUUGAGUUUUAAUAUAUGGCAUCAUGCCACCUUGUGUAUGAAGCUUUGUUCGUUUACUUGACAAUCUGUGUUACUGGAGCGUGGCGGUACAUAUGUUCUGGUAGUGUGAGGAGGAGGAGGAGGAGGAGGAGGCCUGAGGAGACCCGUCUGAGCGUGCUGUCGGUGGUGUUUGGUCUCACAUUAGCUCUUGUCUGCACACGGGCUGCAUCUCACAUUCUCAGAACACUUCCUUUCCUCGUCCCUGUCAGCUGCGCGCGGCAGAGAGGCGCGUGGCGGUGGGAAAAGCGUUGCAGGAUUUCGUUUCUGUGCAUUGUGAGGCGUAGAGGAACGAGAGCGGAGAGUAGGAAGCCAUCUCAGACCGCUGUGAAGAAGCAACCUCGGGAUACUGACAUUUGUGCACGCUGAGGAUCCUCCCCAACACGGACUGUUCUCAUCAUCACUGCCGCACUUUCUACAUAGGAAACCCCAAAAGUGUAACAGCGUUGCGACUGCCACGAUAGCGCAGGGGCGGAGAGGCGGAGGUUAGGACUGAUCCGUCUGACCCCUGUGACAUAUUAAUAUGAAAUGUAUUCACGCUUGGAAAUUGGAGUAGCAUGGUCCAGCUCUCGGUAACUGUGGUUUUCACCGAUUAUGUCAUGUGACCUCUCCGACUGUUCAUCUACAUUGGAAACCCCUGACUAAUAAAUUUGUGCA